AUGCCGAAACAUGUACCGAAUGCUAAGCGCUACAAGUAUCCUCUCCCAAUUCAUCCUCUGGACCAGCUCCCAGAACUGAAACUCUACAACCCCGUUUCGUGGGUAUACUGGCUCUAUUGUUACACUUUCUCCACAAAUCAACUGCCAAGUAAGAUACAUGCCGAGUUCACCCAUGGCAAACACCUUACGAUAGCCAGACCGGAUGAUAUGCGCUACCUGUGGGAGAAUGGUUUCUUUGGUACGGCCCAACUUUCUCGCAGUGAACCGACUUGGAGGAAAAGGACUAUGGCCCGUCUUGGACUCUCAGAGGGCUCUACAGCUCUAGAACAUAUUACUGAAAAACGACGCAUCGAACGUCUUAGGUUCAAGCAAGAAAGAAGCCAGUUUGAAGCAAUCAAAUUAGACAUGCGCCAGCGCGGUGUAGCUGAAGAUCAUAUUUUGGCCGAAGAACGCGCGUUUUUGAAGUCUUUAAGAGAGAAGGAGAAAGUCCUUGAAGAAGAGGGUGAAGUUCAUCUGCGCGAAGUCGACGAAGAACUUUUUGGUCCUAAUGAGCAGCUAAUAGAUAUCGAAGUCUUAGAACUUAUGCCUGUUGAAGGUAUAUUUCUCACUUUUGCAUUGCCUGUGUUGGAAAUGAAUGUUAAGACCCUUCUAGCAAACCUAGCGGGCGAUGAGCCCACUUAUGCCGAUAUCCACGAACUUUGUUUAAAGUACGUUGCAUACCAUCAUUACCGAUCACACGGAUGGUGUGCUAGAUCAGGAAUAAAAUUUGGAUGCGACUAUUUAUUGUACAGGCGCGGCCCUCCAUUUCAGCACGCUGAAUAUGGCGUAAAGGUUCUAGAAGCAUGUAAGCCAUUUGAUACUACUUUAUUCACUGGUGCUGCACGGGUACUUAGCGGCGCUAGAAAACCAUUCAUUUUAUGUUACGUGGAGCUUCAGAAGCCGGAAAGCGAGGUCUUAGAAUCUUGGCGUCAAGGGCGACUGGAUAAGGUCUUCCGCAGCUACAAAGUGGGCGAGGUUUCUUAUAGGCGUUGGGUGCCUGGAAAGAAUAGAGACUGA